ACUCUACAAAUAGACCAUAAAUCAGAGAUUCAUCAACAACUUUAAACCUUUGGCUCUCUCUCUUCUCUUCUCUCUCACGACCCCAUAAAACAAUGGAAGACACAGCACUGACAAAGGAUCAGAUCAUCGAGUUCAAAGAGGUCUUUUGUCUCUUGGACAAAGACGGCGACGUAACAGGUCGUAUAACGGUAGAAGAACUUUUAACAGUGAUCCGUUGGUUGGAUCAGAAUCCAACAGAACAAGAACUUCACGAUAUCAUCACUGAGAUCGACUCCGAUGGUAAUGCCACCAUUGAAUUUGCUGAGUUUCUUAACCUCAUGACCAACAAACUUCAGGAAAAUGACGCAGAAGAAGAGCUGAAAGAAGUAUUCACAGUCUUUGACAAAGACCAAAAUGGUUAUAUCUCUGCCAGUGAGUUGAGUCAUGUAAUGAUAAAUCUAGGGGAAAAGCUAACAGAUGAAGAAGUUGAACAAAUGAUAAAGGAGGCAGAUUUGGAUGGUGAUGGCCAAGUCAACUAUGAUGAAUUUGUCAAGAUGAUGAUCAACAUUGGCUAAUUACUAUUAAUUUGAGGACUAACAAAGCAAAUUAUCCUUAACUGCCUUGUUAGUUUUUGCUUCUUUGUCUUCACUACAUCUCAACAAAUGCAAUUAUUCUGAAAUUAAUUCUAAGAAGCUUUCAGCUUCAGUUUAG